AUGGACACUUCGCACGACGGUCUCAACCCAGUAGAUGACGAGCUAGACAGCAGCACCGACUCUCAAGACGAGGUCGAACCUCAGCAGAGCGGCGAGUCGCUCCUCAACACGUUCAUUCAAGCCCACUCUCAGCCUUCCACUUCGACAACACACUUGCAAGCCGCGAAAUCACGACUUCCCUACCCUGUGAUUAUCACUCAACGACGACCUGGACACAAAAGGCGAGGCUUCAUCAAGGCGUAUGCGCCUGUGCUAGAACAAUAUGGCAUCGACCAGGACACCUUUAUAGAAUUCAUUCGUGCUACGAAUAAGGCCAUGGAAGAGAAUAAGUUGCUCGUGGCAGUCCAGUUAGCGGCCGCUGGCACUGGGUUUGUUCCGAAUCAUAUUGCACUGGGUGUCUCAAUAGCGGUGCAGUUUAUCGCCGGCGCCAUUGCACAAGCCGAGGCCAAGUGGAGGACGAACUCAUUCUUGGACCGCAUCAACGACGAAUUCUUUCGUCCUCGAGGUCUCUUCUGCCUUCUUAUGUGUUACAACCCGAUCGCGUUGGAAAAGAAGGAUGCGCCAGAGGAAAUUGAUGCCGUGUCCAAGGCGAUUUCCCCCUCACUCAAGCCAUCAUUCGGUGGCCGUGCGAGGCGAAACCUUCGAGACCCAGUGGCUGCUACGGUUGAAGGCGAGGAAAACCUCCCUGCCAAUACCGCUCCAUUGGUCUACCUGGAAAAGACCGAGAGCGAAGACCCUCAUUCGGAUGCGAACUCAAGAGAGAAGCAAAACAUAGGUGACCGGCUGAACAAGUACUUUGAUAAAAGAGCGCAAGCACGAUACGCCAAGGAGAGUAACGGAGAUAUCCUUUCCAACCCCGAACCUGUCAAGUUCAAGAACCGAUACCUCGACCCAACUUCUGCAGCCAGCAACGGAGGGCUUCUAGGGUUAGUGUCGGGAGGGAAACUUACUCGCGAUCCGGAGAAGACAAAGCAAAGCAUACAAGCACAGUUCGAAGCGCAAGAGCGGGCCAUUCAAGAACAGCAGUCAAUCGUGAUGGCGGGUCUUCAGCAACAGUUGCAAGCCAUGAGUCUUUCACCCGCUCAGCAGCAGCAGUACAUUAAGCAGUAUCAGGAUAUAUACGAGGGACAACUACAGCAGGUUCGACAGCAGUCGGACCUGUUCACCAAGGGGAAACUACACCGUCGCAUCGACGUUCUCUACUUGAUGAUUGUCGAUAUGCCAUCGGAUGAAGAGAUGGAGACGGCUCGCACCCAGUUGAGGACUUCUGGUCAGACUCGGGCGACCAACAAGGUGAAAUUUGCCACCGUUGCUGUAUAA